GGAGGGAAAGGGCUUCCCAUAGGCGCGACCGCCACUGUCCGGAAAGAGGAGGAGGAGCCGUCGUCGCCGCAGCUGUCGUUCAAGGGGGCGCGCGCGCGCUUAAGCUUUCUGUGCGCCUGCGCGUGGCCUUUCUUCCUUUCUCUCCCCUCCCUCGCUCCCUCCCCCAGAACCGCUUUCUUUCGAGGUGUGAAAAAAAACAACAACAACAACCCAAACCCGACGAUGAGGGACAGGACGCGCGAGCUCCGAGAGAAGGAUGACGAGUCAGACAAUGAAGGAGCUGAACGCGUGGCUCUGGUCACCCGACCAGGAUCCGCUGACUCACCAGAUCCAACUGAGGAAUUCUUCCAAACGACACAUGGCAUCCGGGAAGCCUUGAAGACUCUGGAAAGCAAAGUGAAAGAUCUAGAGAAGAAACAAACUACAAUUUUGGCCACACCACUCCCAGAAGAUAGCAUGAAGCAAGAUUUACAGAAGAUACGUGAUGAGAUCAAAGAGUUGGCAAAAGACAUUCGGAGUCGCCUGAAGAAAAUUGAGCCUAAGAAAGAUGAGGAAGAUGAAAACAGAAACUCCAUCAACACCCGCAUGAAGAAAACUCAGCAUGGGAUCUUGUCCCAGCAGUUCUUGGAUCUUAUAAAUAAGUGCAACUCCAUACAGUCUGAGUACCGAGAUCGGAAUUUGGAGCGCAUCAGGAGACAGCUGCAGAUUACUGGCAGUGGGGUUGUAUCAGAUGAAGAGCUGGAUCAGAUGCUGGAGAGUGGUCAGACCGAGGUCUUUGUCUCUAAUAUUAUGAAGGACACACAAGUGACAAAACAGGCCCUGAAUGAAAUUGAGACACGGCACAGUGAAAUCCUCAAGCUGGAGCGCAGCAUCCAGGAGCUACAUGAAAUGUUCAUGUACCUGGCCACAGAAGUGGAACUUCAGGGAGAAAUGAUUGACCGAAUAGAGAAGAACAUUCUGGAUUCAGAGGAUUAUGUCAAAAAAGGGCAGGUGCACCUCCAUAAAGCACAGGAAAACCAGAAGAAAGCUCGCAAGAAGAAGUUCAUGAUUGCUAUCUGCGUGUCAGUCCUAGUGCUCAUCAUCAUCAUCAUCAUUGUCGUAGCCACUCUAACUUAGAUGGGGCUCCCAGUUUGGCCUCUCCCUUCACGCUGGAUUAUUGAAGCUUGAUGAUGUUUUCACCCAGGUUUCUCUCUGGUUUCAUCUCCAUUCUGGGACUGUAGUUUCCUGCCGGGGAGGCCUUUGCACUGAAAGAUGGCUGGUGGAGACACCUCCUGCCUUCAUCCAGUCUUGAAAGCACAUGCUGCCUAUGGACUGCGUUCUUCCUUGUUGCCCAAAAUCAAGUUUCCCUCAUUUCCCUUCAUCCCUGGCUGUUUCCCGUUGCCUUGUGGUCUUCAGAAAGGCCAGUGCUGUCGAUUUUAGCCUUUCCGUUUUUGUUUUUUGUAUUUUUUUUGUAUGGUUUGUAACAUUCUAGGUCAUUUUCUGUGCUUCUCCCACAAGAGGUUCUAUAGCCUUGGCUCUUCCAUGUGUAAAAGGGCAUUUCGUGCUGUGGGCACUUUUUAAAGAUUUGUCACCAGUAUAUUUUUUCCUUUUAGUGAAAUCUUUGGAACAGUCCUAGUCCUUCUUUCCUCAUCAUGACUGCCAUUAUGUUUUCAAGUCAAUACUUCUGACAAAUCCUCCCCUCGCCAUAGUUCUUUAUCCUGUUUCAUCCCAUGUCAUUUUUGUUAAGGUGGCUGCUUCCCACAUGGGGCAUUGUGUUUCUUCAUUGAGGAAAAGGCCAGGUGAAUAGAAUAUGGGAGAGACCUCUUAGUCCUUUCUUCCCAGUAUCCAACCCUAUAGUAUGUGCCUAUGAGAGGGGAAACAAGGAUGUAAAAAUGAUUAUUUUUAUCCCACUGCCCUUACCUCGAGCUUCUUGACUGGAUUUUGGGUGGAGAGUCUUUACUAUUGAUCCGUAAUCCCUGUUACAGACAUGAGACUGUUGUGAUUGAAGAAGAGAACUAGAAACCAAGACUCAUGGGUUAACAGCUGGCUAAAGUUAGCCUGUUGAAUUUUUUCCAAGCAGAUUUCCUGCUGCUUUUCAGGGUCCCCAUGUGCCUUACAGAAGUUGCACCCCUCCUUUGUGAGCCUGUAUGUUAUCUUUCCUCUGGGUAUGUUUCUUCCCUUUACACUUAAUUAAAAGCUACCCUUGUGCCAAUUUGGAAAUAAUAUGUAGGAAGUCACACAAACUGCAUCUUGGCUCCCUCACGAAACCCAAAUGCAGGCCUUGGAGAUGUUGGUUUCAAGGCAUCUUGGAUGGGCCCGGUGGCAUUACAGUCUCUUGUGUUAACAGCCAGGACAUCAGGCGCCUGACUGUUUAUAAUGCUAGCUGCACAGAAUCAGAAACGAUGGAAGAAAUGGAAAUGAAGACUUUCGGGCCAUAUUCCGGAAAUUUUGAUAUUUUACUACUUUGGGAGGAGAAAAGACUAUAUCCAAGCUUUGAGCAAAAUGUUCAAGUUACCUUAGAGAUUGAAUGUAUUGAAAGAAAAGCAGCCUGACCGAAAUUAUUUUGUAAUAUACAAAUAAAAGCACUUUUUACGAAGAUGUCUGCAAACAGUGGUCUCA